UUGCGGGUCGGUAUUUUAAUUUUUUUAAUUUUUUAGCCAAUGACUUCAAUUUAUGAUUCUUCGUGUUGUUCUUCAGAUUCUCCAUGUUCUUCAUCUUCAUUAGCUAUUCCAACACUUUUACUUUUUGAUAAUCAAAAUUCUCCAAUUCCAUCACCAAUUUCAAUUCCAGAUCCAACUACUAAUCGGCAAAACAGUGGAGUUAGUUUUGACAAAAGAGGAGGAGGAGAAUGGAGGAGAAGGCGAAGUGCUGAUGGAACUGAAGGGUUACAGAAUGGAAAUAGUUUACGGGGUGAUAAUGAAAAACAACAAAUAAAAGGAUCGUCUCCGUUAAAUGGAAAGUGGCCAGACACACAAGAUUUGAAUCGUUGCCUCAAUUCCCUUUUUCCAUCAGUAGAACAAUGUCCAACACAAUCUCAAGUUUUAACAUUACUUUUAUGUCUUCGAACGUUUAUAUCUCCAGUUGAAAUUUUGCAAAAAUUUCUUCAGCAUAUAAUGUUUGUACAACACGACAAUUCAACAAAUUUUACAAAAGAAAGUCAAAGAAAACUUUUUGAUAAUGUCCUUUCAUUUUGUGGUUAUUGGAUACAUUCAUUACCUUAUGAUUUUAAAAAACCUCAAAUGCGUGAUCGUUUAUUGGCUGUUUUAUCUUUAAGUGGAACCAAAAAAGAUUCAAAUGCACAAAAUUUGUGUGAUGAAUUGUUGACAGAAUUGAGGGUGUCUCUUGGAAGAUUGGAAUGUUAUGAAAAUGCCAUUCGAAGUUUACAACCAAAAUUGGAAGAACAUUGGGAACGUCGCUGGGAAACUCCAAAUGGAUUAUUAGCUCUAGGAAGAUCAGCACUUGCUGAACGCCUUUCAAUGGUUGGGCUAGACGAAUUAGUCGAAAUGCUCGGAAACGCUCAUUCUCUCGAUCACUUGGGUCAACAACCUCCCCCAGGAUGUAUCAGACAUUAUGUUCAAUGGUUUAAUCAAUUAAGUCAACUGAGUGCUUCAGAAAUUUUGAGUCAUCAACACAAAAGGCAUAGAGCCCGUUGUGUUGAAUUUUUAUUGGAAGUUGCUAGAGAAUGUUUGGCUAUUGGAAAUUUCAAUUCGUUAGCUGCAAUAAUUGCUGGGUUAAGUGCUCAACCAGUUGCGAGAUUGAGAAAGACGUGGGCAAAAGUUGAUAAAAGUCGUUUGGAGGUACUUCAAAGACAAUUAGAUCCAUCAGGAAAUUUUGCUGUUUACAGAGCUACUUUAAAAGCAGCAAUUUGGAUAGAAGAACGUUCUCCUCGUGCAAAUUCAGCUGUUAUUAUUCCAUUUUUUGGUAUUUUAUUGAGGGAUUUGUUUAUGCAUUAUCGUCAAUGUAGACAUCCUGGACCUGGUGGAUAUUUGAAUAGAAUGGCUUUUGACGAAUUUGGAACACUUAUGUCACAACUGGAGAGAUGGAAACUUGCAGAAUGUCACUUUUCUCGUGUUGCUCCUCUUAUUCAAUAUUUGUUGCUUUCUCCACUUCUUUCAGAACGAAGCAUGUUUCUACUUUCAUAUAGCUAUGAAAUGCCUGAUAAUAAUGCAGAUAGAGAACAUUUAAAAAAAUUUACUAUAAAAAUUGCAAGUGAGAAAGCAAACGAGAAUAAUAAAAAUUAUAAAAAACAUCAUCAAAAUAAUGUUAAAAGCCAUAACGGGAUGAUGAAUACUUAA